UUUAAAGUUAGUGCUGUACCAAUCUCUAGCAGAGUAAUCGGAGGGAAGGAUGCUGAUGACAAUGCAUUUCCUUAUCAUGUAUCCAUACGAGUAUACGGAUUUCAUAUUUGUGGAGGAUCAAUUAUUACUGAUCAGUGGAUUUUGACAGCAGCUCAUUGUCUUAAUAAUAGUGUUAUUAGCAAUACAUUCGUAGUAGCUGGCAGUAAUAGUAUUCUCUCAGGUAAAAUAAUAUGUGGCAUUGCGUAUGAUGUGAAGGAAAUGAUCGUUCAUUCAGAGUAUCAAACAGGACCUAUUCUAAAUGACAUUGGUCUCUUAAAAAUUGUUGGUAGAUUUGAAUAUUCUAACGCAAUCAGACCCAUUAGACUCCCAGAUAAAGACAUCGAUGAGACGGAUUGUACUGCAAUAUUCACUGGUUGGGGAGAUACCACGAGAACGGGUAAAAGCACAAAUUGGAUGCAACUAAUAAGUCUAAAAAUUGUUGAAUUCUCGAAAUGCAAAAUGAUAUAUCCAUCAAUUAUAAGAAGCAAUAUUUGUACAGAUAAUAGUGAUACAUAUGGUGUUUGCUAUGGUGAUUCCGGUAGUCCGCUUGUCUUAGAUGGUGUGCAAAUUGGUUUAGCCUCUUGGGUUACACCGUGCGCUAAAGGAUUUCCAGAUGUUCAUACAAGAAUUUACAGUUAUAUAGAUUGGAUCAAAUCACAUAUUAUCCAACUUCGUAUUAAUGAAAUAUAA